ACAGGCAGGCAGAGUCCGGGGAACCGCUCCAGCACCAUGGCACAACACACUCAUGUGGACCCCACCAAGAUGGGGGUGGGCCGGGCAAUCGCUGUGCUGACCUCAGGAGGCGAUGCCCAGGGUAUGAAUGCAGCUGUGAGGGCCACAGUCAGAGUGGGAAUCUACACCGGGGCCAAGGUGUACUUUGUCCAUGAGGGUUACCAGGGUCUGGUGGAUGGAGGAGACAAUAUCCGUCUGGCUGACUGGGAGAGUGUGUCAAUGAUGCUGCAGCUUGGUGGGACCGUGAUUGGCAGCGCCCGCUGUCAGGAUUUCCGUACCAAGGAGGGGCGCAGGAAGGCUGCUUGUAACCUGGUCAAGCUGGGCAUCACCAACCUGUGUGUGAUCGGUGGUGAUGGUAGCCUGACUGGCGCCAAUCAGUUCCGUACAGAGUGGAGCGAGCUGCUGGGCGACCUGGUCAAAGCUGGAAAGAUCACAGCAGAUGAGUCCAAGCGUUCAUCUCACCUGAACAUUGUCGGCAUGGUGGGCUCCAUUGACAAUGACUUCUGUGGGACUGACAUGACCAUCGGCACUGAUUCCGCCCUGCACCGCAUCAUGGAGGUGGUGGAUGCCAUCACCACCACAGCACAGAGCCACCAGAGGACCUUCAUCCUGGAGGUGAUGGGCAGGCAUUGUGGUUACCUGGCCCUGGUGACAGCCCUGGCCUGUGGUGCCGACUGGGUGUUCAUCCCAGAGAUGCCCCCAGAGGACGAAUGGGAGGAACAUCUUUGCAGGAGACUGACAGAGCAAAGAGGCCGCGGUUCUCGUCUGAACGUCAUCAUCAUUGCUGAGGGCGCGAUGGACCGUCAUGGCAAACCCAUCAACUGUGACUGCAUCAAGGAGCUGGUAACCAAGAGGCUUGGCUUUGACACCCGGGCUACCAUCCUGGGCCAUGUGCAGAGAGGUGGCACCCCCUCGGCAUUCGACAGAAUCUUGGGUAGCAGGAUGGGUGUGGAGGCUGUGAUGGCCCUGCUAGAGGCAACAGCAGAAACUCCUGCGUGCGUGGUCAGCUUGUCAGGAAACAUGGCUGUCAGGCUGCCUCUGAUGGAGUGUGUGCAAGUGACUAAAGACGUAACCACGGCGAUGGAUGAAGGGAGGUUCGAGGAUGCUGUGAAGCUCAGGGGAAAGAGUUUCGAGAACAACUGGAACACAUACAAGCUUCUGGCUCAUGUUCGCCCUCCAGAGACAAAGAGCAACAUCAAUAUUGCUGUGAUGAACGUGGGUGCUCCUUGUGCUGGGAUGAACGCUGCCGUCCGUUCAGCUGUCAGAAUAGGACUCCUUCAGGGCCACCAGAUGCUGGCUGUCCAUGACGGUUUUGAGGGCUUGGCUCAGGGAAUGGUUGUGCCCAUCAACUGGGCUGGAGUGGGCGGAUGGACUGGCAAGGGGGGCUCCAUGCUGGGCACUAAGAGGAUCCUGCCCAGUACCAUGAUGGAGGACAUCAGUUUGACCAUUACCAAGUUCAACAUCCACGCACUAGUCAUCAUUGGAGGCUUUGAGGCGUUUGAAGGGGGUCUGGAGUUGGUGCAGGCUAGGGAAAAGUACGAGGAGCUCUGUAUUCCUCUGGUGGUCAUUCCUGCUACUGUCUCCAACAACGUUCCCGGAUCGGACUUCAGCAUUGGUGCCGACACUGCCCUCAACACCAUCACCAUGACCUGCGACAGGAUCAAGCAGUCAGCUGCCGGUACCAAGAGAAGAGUGUUCAUCGUUGAGACCAUGGGAGGCUACUGCGGCUAUUUGGCAACCAUGGCCGGCCUGGCAUCUGGAGCUGAUGCGGCCUACAUUUUUGAGGAUCAUUUCAGCAUUCGUGACCUAGAGCUCAACGUGGAACAUCUGGUUCAGAAGAUGAAGACCACAGUCAAGAGGGGUCUCAUUCUGAGGAAUGAGAGAUCUAAUGCAAACUACACAACAGACUUCAUCUACAACCUAUACUCAGAGGAAGGCAAGGGUGUGUUUGACUGCAGGAAGAACGUUCUUGGACAUAUGCAGCAGGGUGGAACACCCACUCCCUUUGACAGAAACUUCGGCACAAAGAUGGGGGCCAAGGCUGUCUUGUGGCUGACCGACAAGCUGAAAGAAUGCUACCGACACGGACGCAUCUUUGCCAAUUCCCCAAACACUGCCUGUGUGCUGGGCAUGAAGAAGAGGGCCUUGGUCUUCCAAUCCCUGGAUGAGCUCAAAGAGGAGAGUGACUUUGAACAUCGUAUCCCAAAGACACAGUGGUGGCUGAGACUGAGGCCCCUCCUGAAGAUCUUGGCCAAGUACAAGACCAACUUGGACACCUCUGAGAAGGCUGCCAUGGAACACGUCAUCAAAAAGAGAGGCCAUGUCCCUCAGUAAUACCUCCACCUGACCAUCACUGCCAGGAAGACACUGAUACAGUCAACCAGUCAAGAAACAUACCUGCGUGUGUUCUUUUCUGGAGGUGACUGUGAUGUUGUGUAUUUUCUCCCUGUGAAUGACUAGUCUGGUAUUUCAUGUUGCAUGACAGAAGCUCCUUCCGUUUUGCACAAGCUGCUCUUCACCACACUGUCCACAAACAGGAAGUUGCUCAACUCUCUGGGCCCUCUAUAGUCCCCUUUGCCACCGACAAUGUACUCAUCCCCGUCUCGACUUGUCUGUAUAUUUCUAAGGGCACCAAUAUUCAACUGACAUGUCAAAAGCAAGCAGCAAUAAAAAGACCGACUUCUUCACCCAC